AUGAAUCCCACUUGUCGGACUUUAAUUUUCCUUUUAUUGGCUUUGAUGGCAUCUUCUCUCGGAGCGAUCACAUCAUCACCAUUGGAAAAUUGUUCAUCAACAAUUCAAUCAGCGCUCAUCUCCCAAGAGGCAUGGCUUGCUGUGAACAUUUCCUCUUCCUCAUCAACCUUUACUGUGAAGUUCCAAUUUUCAUCCAGUAAUAAUGUCAAAACCAAUAUCAUGAGUAUGGAAGGUAACGCUGCAAGUGCAUCUCCUAUUGCUUACACAAUCCAACUCAAUAGUGCCUACUCCGUGAAUGAAGCAGAACGCCUCAUCACAUUGGGUAACAUCAAUGUCAUUAAUCCAUGUGGAUGGGCACCUGGCAAUUUUACACCAUAUAGCAUCGACUCAGCAAACAAAUAUUGUGAUUAUUGGAUGAAUUUACUUGGACGUGGAGCUGUGUAUCGAGUUGAUUUUGUGAAUGGCUCAAACUGUUCAGAAAUUGUGUUGACGAACACAAAGAAUUCACAAUUUGUGUUGGAUGUUGUUCCAUCUCCUUCUAUUGAUACUCAAGUUUGUACUGGUUUUGCAACCAGAAAUUCAUCGGUUUGGUGGAAGGGUUCCAUUCAAAAUUACAAUUAUUAUGUUAACUUUAAUACUGACAUGAUGCGUUCACCAAUCAUUUUGGGAAGUUAUGUUUUGGGAAGUUAUAAAUUGGUCUUGGAAAACAAUGCUCCUAAAGGGUGUAAUGGCACACUCACUAGAGCUUAUUCCAGUGGACAAUUCCAAAUUCUUUCCAAUUACUCCACCAUUUUAACAAGAAAACAAUAUUGUUAUGACUAUUCUCCAAAUCCAGGAAAAUGCACAAGCUUGUGUCAAGAUGACAUGCUUAACGUGAUUUAUGGUUUGUUGAAGACAAAUGAUGAUUGCACUUCAUGGAAUGUGAAUACUUUGAGUUCAGCCAAUUUUAAGGAAAGCAAUCCUCCACCCCUUCCAUCUCACUUCCCAACUUCAUCCUCUGUUCCAAGAGAUAACACUCAAAUUUUGAUUGUGGUUGGCUCUAUUGUUGGUGGUUUAAUUGUACUUGGAUUAUUGACACUUGUUGUUGCAUCUCUUGUUCACUAUAUUAAGAGAAUGCAACAAAAAAAUAAGUAUACAGGUGUUUAG